GCAAUAAUUAUUUAUAUGCUUUUAGGUAGAUAAACAAACUGGAGCAUUCAUUAUAUCACAUAUUUUAAAUUUAUAUUUGCUAACUUCACAUUAUGGUGACGACUGCAAGAUUAACACACCUUUCAAAGAAAAUGGGAAGAAGAAGAUUAAUUUUUGCAUCAUUAUCAUUUGUGUAUAUAUUUGGCAGUUUGUGUUUAAAUCAAUUUUCUACUUCAAUAGAACAUGUUGCGUUGGAAGAAAGUUCAAGCUAUGGUUCACCUUUUGCUCGGAAAUUAUUAUCUGUCAAUGAUACAACGAAUAGCACAAACAGUAACUCAACUACCAACAAAUGUACACAACCUAGUAUAAAAGAGUUUCCAAAAGAUGUUUUUACCCAGCAACAAAGGCGUUAUGGAGCUGUCCUUCUCCAUGUGUUUCUAGCAAUAUACAUGUUUGUAGCUCUUGCAUUUGUAUGCGAUGAUUACUUCAUAUCAGCCUUAGAUAAAAUUUGUGAAAGAUUGGAUUUAUCUGAAGAUGUUGCUGGCGCAACUUUUAUGGCUGCCGGAAGUUCAGCACCUGAGUUGUUUACUUCCAUAAUAGGUGUUUUUAUAACCAAAGGAGAUGUUGGCGUUGGAACCAUUGUUGGGUCGGCUGUGUUUAACAUUUUAGUCAUUAUUGCUUUAUGCGCCUUAUUUGCUGGACAGGUUGUUCAAUUAACAUGGUGGCCACUAUUUCGAGAUUCUAUAUGCUACAUUAUAUCUAUUGGUGCACUUAUUUGGACCCUGCAGGAUGGUCUGGUCACUUGGUACGAGAGUUUAACCAUGAUUCUGUUAUACAUUGCAUACAUAAUAUUUAUGAAAUUUAAUCCAAUUUUUCUUGGCUGGAUUAAUGCAAGAAAGGCGAAAAGAGAAGCAGCACAACGGGAUCGUUCGGGUUCCACAUCACCUCUUGUCGAGGAUGGUGUACCAGCAGCCAUUAAACAUUGUGUUGAAUCACAUGUCAGUCUCCAUGGCAACCAUGAUUAUGAUAGCUACACAGUGAAAUAUACAGAAGAUAGAAAAGUUAGUACACACGAACAGAUCGAACUUCAAGAAAAUCGCAGGCGACCUACUUGGAAAGAGCUUGGCUUGAUGAUCAUGCUGACGAAUGAGUUCUCACCAAGUACGAGGUUUCGAGCUGCGUGUCUUAUUGUUAUUAUGAGGGAUCAGGAAAACAGACCUACAGCUGGAGAAGAAGAAGAAUUUAAAAACGAAGAAAAAGAACCUAAUCACAUUGCUCACGAUUCUACACUAAAUGCAAGUGGAGAUGGGGAUGAAGAAAUUGAAGGGACACCAUUCCUCUACCCCCAGGGUUCGAUUUUGCAAGUGGUAUUCUGGGUAAUAUCAUUACCAUUAGUCAUCGUGCUUUAUUUUACAAUUCCUGACUGCAGAAAACCAAAAUAUGCUGCGUGGUACUUGCUCACUUUCUUAGCUUCAAUUUUUUGGAUUAUGAUAUUUUCUUAUCUAAUGGUUUGGAUGGUAUGUGUGAUAGGUUACACUCUGGGUAUACCAGAUGUUAUUAUGGGUAUCAUUUUUCUUGCUGCUGGCACGAGUAUACCAGACGCUAUCUCAAGCUUAUUGGUUGCUCGAGAGGGUCUUGGUGAUAUGGCGGUGUCGAAUUCAAUUGGUAGCAACAUAUUUGAUAUUUUAAUUGGCCUUGCUGUGCCAUGGUUAAUUAAAACUGCCACGAGUGGACAAAAGGUUGUCAUUAACAGUCGUGGAAUGAUUUAUUCAGUGAUUCUGCUGUUCGCGUCGGUUUUAUUAACGGUUCUGAUAAUCCAUUGCAACAAAUGGCGUCUCGACCGUAAACUUGGCGUCAUAUUUACGUUACUCUAUCUUGUAUUCGUCACCUUCUCCGCAUGUAUCGAAUUUAAUUUAUUUGGCUUUGUGAACUGGCCAACAUGUAAAUUUACUGGCUGAACAACAAAAAUGGAGAAGUGAGGGAAAAAGCGAGAUAUGUGGCGUUUUUAGGGCGUGACCCGUUGGUGUGUUUCACAGUAGUGAGAUGACAGCUUUCUUAACCAUUUUGAAUAAAUUUUAUUUGGAACGAGAAGAUCGUAAUGUUUACAUCUGGUGUUUAUGUUAAUAUAAAUCCAGCUGGUGUGUUCCACGCCUAUGUGGUGUAAACUGCGCCUUAAAGCGUAUAUAUUUACUGUAAAUAUUUUAUAUGUUUCCAUAAAUUUUUGGGCGGAUUCCACACUAGAAAAAACGGCAAUGUCGUUCGAAGUAUGUCUCGUAGUUAUGUUUUUUUUUAAUAUUUUUCCGUACUCUUACAAACAUUUUGCGAGAUUUUUCAGCAUCCUUGAAUUUCCUUUAUUUUCGCCUUUUCUUCUUCACAUUACGAGGAAAAUGUUUUUCUACACUAGCAAUGUCUUUCUUCUCUAAAUUUUAUAGAAAAAAUGAUUUGGAUUCACGUUAUUUAGUCUGCGCAUUUUUGAUUGUACGGAUAAAGCCCUUGCAAAAAUUUAAUGCGUUUUCACAAGACAACCAGUGAUACAUAUUUUCUACUGUAUAUUUUAAAUGCUUAGAUUUAUCUCUUUAAUAAUAACCUGUUUUGAUAGGCUAUCCAAUAAUAACCUGUUUUGAUAGGCUAUCCAAUAAUAACCUGUUUUGAUAGGCUAUCCAAUAAUAACCUGUUUUGAUAGGCUAUCCAAUAAUAACCUGUUUUGAUAGGCUAUCCAAUAAUAACCUGUUUUGAUAGGCUAUCCAAUAAUAACCUGUUUUGAUAGGCUAUCCACCACCUUGUAUUUGAGCAUUGCACUUCGAAGUUAAGCAAGCUUCUGGUGUUUUGUUUUUUAUUGUUUUUUUAAAAAUAAAAUAUUCAAUUUUAUAAUUUUUUUACGCAGGAGUUUAGAAUUUAGUUUUUUAGAAAAUAGAUCAGUUAUUAUUUUU